GCAGGGCGGAAGUCAACAAGAUGCUGAGGAUGAUGCUGGGCAGGGAAAGAAUCGUUUCCGGAGUAAAUGAAUAAAGAGCUGCAGAAGAGAUAGAAGUGUCCGGGAUCUCCCCACUGUGUCCACCAAGUAUUCGGCUGGCCACCAUCUCAUGUCUGUGGCCAGCCUAACAGGUCAUUUCAUACGGCAGGUCUGUGGGAUCGUCAGGAGCCAGUGACUGAGAAAUGGCCACAUUUAUUUCUUGUAGUAAAGGAUCAUCCCAGUUGGGGUUUCAUCCUCAAGAUAAUUGUCAUUUCCUGACUGACCCACCAAGGAUGGGCAAGAACAGAAAAGAGAUGGCUGAGAGGAUAUUAAACCUCACCUUGGAGAUCAUCUGCCUGCUGACUGGAGAGGAUUACACAGUAGUGAAGAAGACAUCUGGUCAGUGGGCGACUCCCAUUGGUUGGCCAUCUGUGUCAGGGGGAUGGUGCAGGACCCGGAGCUCCAUAAUAGAACCACCAUCUAAUUCACUGAUACAUGAGAGAAAGAAGGAGCAGAAGAUCCUAGAACUCACCUACAAGAUCAUUGAGCUGCUGACUAGAGAGGGUGAAGAUCUGAUUGAUAUUAAAAUUGAGGCUAUAUCUGGAGAUGAAGAGUCGUAUCUGAGAUGUGACGCACCGUGUUUUGAGAAGGACGUUCCUGUAGAUAUCAGCCCAGAAGGGUCAAGUAACAAAAAUACACCAGACAAAUGUUCCAGUCCUCAGAAGUCCGAAGAAUGUCCAGAGAAGAUUAAGAGUACCCCACAGUAUUGUCAGGGGGAAGAUCUGACUAAUAUUAAAGCUGAAGAUAUAACUGUAGAAGAAGAUAUGUAUCUGAAGGGUUAUCGGCAGUGUAAGGAGGAGGAGAUUCCUGUACAUAUCAGCUCAGAUGACUGCAUCAGGCGUUUAGAGGAAGAUAUUAUCUUACUUCCAGAUUUUGAAGCUGAAGAUUCUGAUAUUACAGAUGAUAAUUCUGGAAAACAUCCUAUUACACCCAACGUAUCUCUAUUCCUUCAUAAUCAAAGGCUUUCGUCUGAUUUUAGUCUUGGCAAGGAACCUUUUCCUGACCUAUCACUGAUUGUUGGUGAAAGUGCAGGUCACAACGCAGGUAAAAUAUAUCCCUGUCCUGAAUGUGGGAAACUGUUUAAGAAGAACUCAAGUCUUUCUUUGCAUAUGAGAAUUCACAGUGAUGAGCGGCCAUUUUCAUGUUUAGAAUGCGGGAAAUGCUUUACCCAGAACUCAAUUCUUGUUGAACAUCAGAGAAUUCACACAGGGGAGAAACCAUUCUCAUGUUCAGAUUGUGGAAAAUAUUUUGCCCAGAGGUCAGCUCUUGUUAAACAUGAGAGAAGUCAUACUGGGGAGAAGCCAUUUGCAUGUUUGGACUGUUGGAAAUGUUUUACACGUAAAGAUCAUCUUGAGAGACAUCAAAGAAUUCACAGAGAUGAACGGCCAUUUUCCUGUUCUGAAUGCGGGAAAAGUUUUACUCGGAUAUCCGUUCUUGUUGCACAUCAGAGGAUUCAUACAGGAGAGAAACCGUUUUCUUGUUCAGAAUGUGGGAAAUGUUUUACCUAUAAAUCUGUUCUUAUUGAACAUGAGAAAACCCACACAGGAGAGAAACCAUUUUCUUGUUCAGAAUGUGGGAAAAGUUUUGCCCAGAAAUCAACUCUCAUUGCACAUCAGCGAAUUCACACAGGUGAAAAGCCAUUCUCAUGUUCAGAAUGUGGGAAGUGUUUUACUCUGAAAUCAGGUUUGGUUAGACAUCAGAGAACUCACACUGAGGAGAAACAAUUUUUUUGCUCAGAAUGUGGAAAAAGUUUUAGUAUAAAGUCAGAUGACAUCAUACAUCAUCGAAUGUAUACAGGGGAAAAUGAUCUUAAAGAGCAACUAGUAAAAUGCUAUCUUUGUAUGUUUUUGCCUAAAGCAGUGCAAUAAAAAUCUUUUGGCACCGUGUGAGGG